UGUAAUAGAGAUAGGAUUUUGAGUGACAGAAAAUCCACCUAUUGCAAAAUGUCAACAAACCAGACGCUUUUACGGUUUUAAAAAGUCAGACCCAAAAGGAUGGUUUACAACGAAUCAGCGGAAUGUCCUUUAUUUCCAGACAAUCCUGGACACUGCGAUGCUCUCAUUCAUGUAAGGCGAGGCAUAGCUUCCAUUUCUCUGAUAGGAUGUUUAUUUAUGAUCAUUGUGAUAUGGCUCUUCAGAAAACAUGCUGCAUUUUCACAGAGACUGAUCUUGUAUCUGAGUAUUGCCGCUUUCUUUGACAGUAUAGCUUAUUUAAUGGGAGAUAUACGCCCAGAUGGACCCAUGUGUGAUUUUCAAGCCUGGUGGUUAAGUUACUUUGACUGGUGUGUGUUGGUUUGGGUGUGUAUAAUCACAUUCAAUUUAUUUAUGAAUGUAGUAAAAACCAGAAAUAUAGAGAAGUUUGAAAUACUGUUCCAUAUCCUAGGAUGGAUUGUUCCUGCUGUUAUUUCGUUCCUACCAUUUGCUGGGAACCAUUAUGGACCAGCAGGUGCUUGGUGCUGGAUUGUAAAUGAUCUUGGUUGGAGAUUUGGAGUAUGGUAUGGACCGUUAUUUAUAGCCAUUACAGUAUUGGUUGUGACCUAUAUUUACAUCAUUGUCACACUGAAUAGAAGAUUGUCCACUUGGAAAGGUACAUAUGAUGCAGAUACCGAGAGACAGACAGUCAUGCUUAAAGAUGACAUCAAAUCUCUAAGAGCCUACCCAUUUAUAUAUUUGGCUGCCUCCAUAUUUCCUCUUAUAAACAGAAUACAGAAUGCUGCCUCACCAGAUGAGCCUGUUUUUGCUCUUGUCAUACUGGCCGCACUCACAGCUCCCUUGCAUGGUGCAAUGAAUGCCAUAGUAUUUGGAAUGGAUAGAGAAACAUUAAGGAAGCUCACCCCUACACAGAUCAAGAUGGCGUUUUUGAGCCACAGAGUAAAUCCUGGCAAAGUGAGGGAGUACCCGGUAGCAUCUUAUUUUACUUGUCCCGAGGAAAGCCCCUCCUCUCCUCUGAUGGAGGAUUCUGCUCAUAACAAGUUCUCAAGCAUGUCUCAGACCAGGAGUCAUUGAGUUGUUGUUCAGGUGGCUUUUAUGGCCAGAAUAACCAAAAAAGCUGCAAUACAGGAGCUUGAUUCAGCACCCAGUAUGUCGGGUGAAGAAAAUAGGCAGGAGGAAUGAAUCAAAAGGUUAUAUUAACUGGAGAUGGCGAUGUUUGUACCAGUGGAAGAAAGUGCGGGAAAUGGAGGAUUUUUAAUUAUCAACUUUGAGUAACAAUGAAAGCAGUCCAAGUGAUAAGCAGCAUUAUUAUAUGAUUGAAUAAUUCCUGUCUCUCUGGUUGGGUGAGAUCCAGCAAUGUAGAAAAAGUAAUAUGUUAUAUUCACCUGCAUGUGACCUUCCAGGUGAAUAUAAGGAUUUAUUUUCUCUACAUUGAUCUAAAAAAAAAAGAUCGGGAAAUUCCAAAUUGAUACAAAUAGUUUUAGAAAGUUAUUUCACCUGCUACCGAUUUUUGCUCAGGUGUACAUAACAUUAGGAAUAUAUAACUUGGGGUGAAAUGGGGUGCAUAGAACCCCCACCCCCUUCCCCCAAAUGAGAAUUUUUACUUCAAUUUAGAAUAAAACUAUUUUUUGAAAGGCUGUUCCCCUACAAAAGUGCUGAUUUUUUUUUCAACAGCUAAAGCAACUAAAGACAUUUAAAAUUAAUACCUGGUAAUGCUUUAUAUACACUGUUUUUCUCAUUGCAUUUGGCUAGUACUUCAGGAAAUGUAAACAAUAUGACAUGGACUGCUCACAUAAUCAUUGAAUCAUAUAAAAAAAAACAAUUACAUUGUUGUUUUAUCAGUCAAUACAAUGAUUUAGCCACCUUCAAAGUACAAUAAUUACCUCACUCAAAUAUUGAACUCUUUGGGUGGUUAAAUCAUUGUAUUGACCUAAAAAACAGCAAUAAAUGUAUAAUGUUUUCCAUGAUAAUUUUAUUUUUCUAUUUUCUCAACCUGAUUCAUGAACAAAUUAUAUAUACAGGUAGAGAUAAUUUUUGCCUUUUGUUUUUGUUGUUGUUGCUCUGUUACACUGUGAACAAAUAUAUAUAUGUAUAUUUAAUACAUUUUAAAUGUUGAACCCCCCACCCCCGAAAAAAAGUUAAAAAAUGCUCCUUUGUAAAAACCAAAAAUGAGUAUAUCAGACCCUACUGACCAAUUUCAAUAGAUAAAAUUUUUUUAGCUUAAUAUAUCAUAUUUUGUCAGUCUUUUAGAUUGUACAUAUAAACCCAUAGCCUUAUAACCAUCAAAGUAAAAUGAAUUUAAAUGUUUAAAA